AUGCCCUCUCAGAGACUACAAUCUGAUCCUGCAAUGGGUAUGCGAAAUCAGAGCCUUGCCGGCCGAGGCCGGGGAUUGCCUUCCACAACCAAAUACCGAAGUGGGCAUUUGCCAUCUGGGGUGAUCCCAGUCUCUCGAGCUAUACCUGUCAAAGGUGGCGACAUUAAGUCUGGUUCAGACAUGGACACCAGCUCUGAUUCAGAAAUUGAGGCUUAUGGCUCAGUUGAGACGUCACCCCAAGAUGACAAAUAUACUAAUGGCAAACUGGGAAAAUUAUCUGGAAAUCAUGGGAGGCAGGCGAAGAGGGAUGCAGUGAUGCAGCCUAGUUUUUUGGAUGAUGAGGUCUCUCAUAUGACCAUGAACUCAGUUAGGAAUCCUGCUGCAUCCAGGAGUACCAGUAGCAGUGUAUCUGAUGAUACUUCGGAGGCUUACUAUUUUAAUGUUGACUUACAACCUAAAGUGAAGAUUGCCAAACAGGUUUCUCACGGUGUCCGAGUGCAAACUUACAAGUUGUCUAAUGGUGAAAUCCCUAGUGCUCCUCUGAUGACAGGCUCUGUUUUAGAAGUAAACCAAGUGCCUGAGCAAUUUGGGAUGGAAUUCAACAAUCAUUCUACUCGAUCAAAUGCAGCAGGUGUAUCAGCUCCUGGCAACAGAAAUUCUUUAGGUGACACUACAGAAGAAAUUAGUGAAGAACCUUUAAGGACUGCUGGAGUCUCUUCCCACUCCUUACCCGCAAAAGUCCCUACAUUUCAUGCAAGUGGGCUUGUAUCUUGGAGUGCUUUCAUUUCAUACGAUGCAUGUGUUCGGCUAUGCCUGCAUGCAUGGGCUAGUCAGUGUCCGGAAGCUCCUUUAUUCUUAGAGAAUGAAUGUGCAGUUCUGAGAAAUGCUUUCGGUUUGAAGCAUGUUUUACUACAACCGGAAGAAGAUCUCUUGAAGAAUAGAUCUUCAGAACUGGUCAGUGAGUCAGCUGGUAUAAAACCAAAGAAUACUUAUGGCAAGAUCAAAGUUCAAGUUCGGAAAGUGAAAAUGGGGCUAGAACCUCCCAUCGGAUGUAGUAUAGUAUCUUUCAAACCACCAAUGAAGAAACUGCAAUCUCUUCGGGGUCGGUUAUCCAGUAUGAAAUCCACUCUUUCUUCUGAGUGGGAAGUCUACAGGAAACUACGUGUUCCCCGACACAUGCCAUCGAAUGGUUCUCUUUCGCAUCAAAGCUUGGCUCUUGUGCAUGUUGGUACCCAAUAUGUAAAGGAACUGCCAGAGUUUUUCAGACUUGGUUUAACAGCUUUACGCAACCAUUCAGCAUCUUAUGAAAUGGUGCAAGAAACAUACUCUUGUUCGUUGAGAUUGAAAAGUUCUCCUGAAGAGGAAACCAUAAAAAUGCAGCCUGGAUCUGGAGAGACUCGUGUCUUCCUGCCUGAUGGCUUAGGCGAUGCUCUUAUUGUUGAAGUUCAUGAUUCGAAGAGGAAGUAUUGUGGACGAGUAGUUGCGCAGAUUGCUGAAAUUGUUGAUGACCCGGGAGACAAGCUUCGGUGGUGGUCUAUGUAUCAGGAGCCAGAUCAUAUACUUGUCGGCAGAGUGCAGUUGUACAUAAACUAUUCAACUAGUCCAGAUGAGAUGAAUCAUCUCAAGUGUGGUUCUGUUGCCGAGACUGUUGCAUAUGAUUUUGUCUUGGAGACAGCAAUGAAAGCUCAGAACUUUCAGCAGAGAAAUCUUUUGCUACAUGGUUCAUGGAAGUGGCUUGUAACUGAAUUUGCCACAUACUAUGGGGUGUCAGAUGCAUACACUAGGCUCAGAUAUCUUUUGUAUGUUAUGGAUGUUGCUACACCAACUGCAGAUUGUUUAGAGUUGGUGCACGAUCUACUAUCACCAGUUGUCUUGAGAAGCAAAAGUAAAGGGUCUCUUAGCCACCAAGAGAACCGAAUGCUGGGAGAUGUUUCUGAUCAAAUUGAGCAGAUUCUUUCUUUGGUGUUUGAAAACUACAAGUCGUUAGAUGAGGCAUCGCCUUCAGGCAUAGCUGAGGUUUUUACAUCAGCUACUAGAGUUGCUGCUCCUGCUCUGGUACCCGCACUGAAGCUAUACAAGCUUCUGAAUGAUAUUCUCUUGCCUGAGGCACAAUCUAAGCUCUGCAGAUACUUUCAGAUUGCAGCAAAAAAGAGAUGUAAGAGGCACCUGGCAGAAACAGAGGAGUUCAUUUCCAACAAUAAUGCGAACAAUCUAUUGGAUCCAGUGGCUUUUUCUACCGCGUAUCAGAAAAUGAAGUCUGUUUGUUUAAAUAUCAAACACGAAAUCUUCACAGAUAUAGAAAUACACAAUCAGCAUAUACUCCCCAGUUUCCUAGAUCUUCCAAACCUGUCUGCGUCAAUAUAUAGUGCUGACCUCAACACUAGAUUGCGAGCAUUUCUGUUUGCAUGUACUCCAAGUGGUCCACAGACGUCCGUGACAGAACUUGUAAUUGCAACAUCUGAUUUUCAGAGGGAUCUUGCCUCGUGGAACCUUAAGGUUAUUAAAGCCGGAGUAAAUGCUAAAGAGUUGUUUCACUUGUAUAUAAACCUCUGGAUCCAGGAGAAACGCCUUGCCCUCCUUGAAUUAUGCAAGCCUGAUAAGGUGAAAUGGUCCAGCAUCCAGACACAAGAUUCCACGUCUCCUUUUGUGGAUGAGAUCUAUGAUCAGCUCAAGGAGACGCUCAAGGAGUAUGAUGUUAUCAUCAGUCGUUGGCCAGAAUAUACCAUUCAGUUGGAAAGUGCCAUGGCAGAUGUAGAAAAGACAGUUGUGGAGACUAUGGAAAAACAGUAUGCAGAUGUAUUGUCACCGUUGAAAGAGCACUCAAUGCCCAUUAAAUUAGGAAUCAAAUACGUUCAGAAAAUAUCCAAGGGCAACCAAAGUGCUUAUAGUGUUUCCACAGAGUUGGGGAUCUUUCUAAACUCCAUGAAAAGGGUUCUUGAUGUUUUGCGUCCUCCAUUAGAAUCCCAGAUAAAAUUGUGGGGAUCUUGCAUCCCAGAUGGUGGGAGUGUAGUUGCAGGUGAGCACAUGGGCGAAGUAACAGUUAUGCUGAGGACAAAAUUGAGGAUCUUUCUUCAAUCAAUCACGGAGAAACUCGUGGAAAAUACCCGACUGCAAACGCCUACAAAGUUAAAGAAAAUAAUCCAGGAUGCAAAGGAGAAUGUAAUGGAAUCGGAUAUCCGAAGCAGCAUGCUACCUUUGAAGGAGUUAAUCAUAAAGAUGAUCGAUCAACUUCACUCCGUAUUUGAUCCCCAGGUGUUCAUAAUUUUAACUAGAGGUUUUUGGGAUCGGAUGGGACAGGAUGUGCUUAAGUUUCUAGCGGAGAAGAAAGAAAACCGGUCCUGGUACAAGGCCUCACGAGUUGCAGUAUCAGUUUUGGAUGAAACGUUUGCAUCACAGAUGCAACAAUUGCUGGGCAAUGCACUGCAGGAAAAGGACUUGGAACCGCCAAGAUCAAUUUUGGAAGUGAGAUCGAUGCUUUGCAAGGAUUCAGUGAACCACAAGGAUAGCAAUUAUUUAUACUGA